UAGUGGAGCUCUGCGCCAUGAGGCUGAGGCUUAGGGAUCAAUACACCGAAAGAGUGGUGCUGUCCUUUAACUGAGCAACUACGAGGCACUGCUUCUGAGAAGAAUAACUAGUUAGCUUCUUAAUAACGUCAUAACAGUUUUAGAAUUCACACCAGCAGCCGCCGUGAACGACAAUGAACGGACAGAUGAACGGUUUUCAUAACUCCCUCAUUGACGAGGACUGCUUCUUGUUCACCUCAGAAUCGGUCGGAGAAGGACACCCUGACAAGAUCUGUGACCAGAUUAGUGAUGCAGUUCUGGACGCCCAUCUCAAACAGGACCCUGAUGCCAAGGUUGCAUGUGAGACUGUUGCCAAAACUGGGAUGAUUCUGCUGGCUGGGGAAGUGACAUCUCGUGCCACAGUGGACUACCAGAAAGUUGUCCGCGAAACCAUCCGCCAAAUUGGAUAUGAUGACUCCUGCAAAGGCUUUGACUAUAAGACCUGUAAUGUGCUUGUUGCCUUGGAGCAGCAGUCUCCUGACAUCGCUCAAGGUGUUCACAUCGACCGCAAUGAGGAGGACAUUGGAGCAGGGGACCAGGGUUUGAUGUUUGGAUACGCCACUGAUGAGACAGAGGAGUGUAUGCCUCUUACUGUCAUCCUUGCCCACAAGCUGAACGCCAAGAUGGCUGAGCUGCGUCGCAAUGGUACCCUCCCAUGGCUCCGACCGGACUCAAAGACACAGGUGACCGUCCAGUACCGCCAGGACCGUGGCGCCAUGCUUCCUGUGCGUGUGCACACAAUCGUCAUCUCUGUGCAGCAUGACGAAGACGUCUGCCUGGAGGAGAUGAGAGAUGCCCUGAAGGAGAAAGUCAUCAAGGCUGUGGUUCCCUGCAUCUAUUUGGACGAUGACACCAUCUACCAUCUGCAGCCAAGCGGGCGUUUUGUCAUUGGAGGCCCACAGGGUGAUGCUGGUCUGACUGGACGUAAAAUCAUUGUGGACACUUAUGGAGGCUGGGGAGCUCAUGGCGGUGGCGCAUUCUCGGGCAAGGAUUACACAAAGGUGGACCGCUCUGCGGCUUACGCUGCACGCUGGGUGGCCAAGUCUCUGGUGAAGGCUGAGCUGUGCAGGAGGGUGUUGGUCCAGGUGUCUUAUGCUAUCGGAGUUGCCCAUCCACUCUCCAUUUCUAUCUUCCACUAUGGGACCUCCAACAAGAGUGAGAGAGAGCUGCUUGAUAUUGUGAAGAAGAACUUUGACCUGCGUCCUGGAGUCAUUGUCAGGGAGCUGGAUCUGAAGAAGCCCAUGUAUCAGAGGACUGCUGCCUAUGGCCACUUUGGCCGAGACGCCUUCCCAUGGGAGGUGCCCAAAAAGUUAAAGUACUAAACCUGUUAAGCUUUUCCCCCCAGGCUUGUUGGUGUAUACUACAGAGAAGCCUCCAAGGUCCCGGGGGUGAAAUGCGCUCAUCUCUCAUAAUGGCAACUUUAAACACAUGACUCCUCUCCUCACUCUACCCCCUCUUUUUGUCUUGUUACUGUUUUCUGCUGGUUACAGUGUCACUGGGUCGUAGGAGGCUUGCCUCAGAUACUUGAUGUUGAAAGAAGCGGAUGGGUUCCAUGAACUCAUGCUCCAUAGUGCUCUAAGUUGUCCUCCCUCGUCUUUAGGUUCCCCCGCUUCUCGUAGACCCACAGUAGCUGCGUUCUCCUUUCAGCAUUCCACACCUUUCAGUAUCAUCAGUCUAACAUUCAGCGUCAUGGCGAUAGCAUAUUAGGCUAUAUGCGAUACCCCUCUUAAUUUACGGGUGCUACUGAUGUAAGAAGUCUGAUCAACACCUAAAAUUCAUUUAAGAGCAUAAUUUGGUCGUUUGGAUCUGCAGCAUUAUGAAUAUUCGUUCUAAACAUUCCUCCUUGGUCCGUCUGUUUUGAAUUUUCACUGGCCCGGUGUUCUUUUCCUUUUUGUUUGUUUACUUCCCUCAACUUUGUGGAGGAUGCUAGAAUGGCACAAUUAAAAUUCAAAGCGUUGUUGCCGUUUUCACAAAAAUGCUAUGCAUUGCAGGCUAAAGGGUGAGCCAAAUCCUAAAUGAAGCUCUUAAGUGAGCAUAAAGCCUCAGAUGCCUCUACAGACCUUUGCUGUUUUCUGACGUAAUACAGAAAAGUCAGAAGCUGCUAUGUCACUGCUCUGGUCUGCAGGGGUGUUGGUGAUACUUGAUAGAGAUGAAAAAUUGGAUUGUUUAUGCAUUGAAAUUCUAUUUUAAAUGAGUCCUUUUUUAAAUGUAGUUUCACUUUUUUAUGGUUUGAAGUGACUAAAGGCCCUUGUGCUCCUUGAGGAGAUUGAUGGCAGGUGUAGCUACAGAGAAACCUGGUGCCCAUCUUUAGCCUUGAAGGAGCAUGUUCUUUGCCACAGAGUCUUAUUGGCUAGGACUCGAACCUCAACACUAUUUAUUUGUUCUCUGAAACCGGGCGUGGAUACAGAGAAGCCAGGGUUUCAGAAGGCAGCUUUAAACACAACAUGGAUACUGAAUCUUGAAUACCUUUUUGACUUGAUCAUUUUUCAGUGUUUGGCUGGAGGCUCCAGAGUGUUGUACAGAAAAGCUUUGGUCCGCCUACGCUGGCUACUGUUAAUGACUAUUUUACAAUCUUUUUUUAUUUUUGGACUGUAGAUCUUAUUAUGAAGUGGGUUGGUGUUGAAAUCCCAUUAAAAUGUCUGGUGCAAUGCUUUGGCUCAUACCUAUCCUCAUUAAUGGGACGCUGACAUUUGGUUGGUGUAGUACAGAGAAACCAGCCUCGUUUACACGGCCGUCUCAUGGGUGGGAUAGAGUUUCGACUUUUGGUUUUGUUCCCUUUUACCUCUCGGAGGUCAUCCCGUUGGCUACAGUAAGUGUAAGAGUGCCUUUUCUAUUUCCUCUACUCCCUGUUUGCUUUUCUUCUCCUGCCAACAUGCAUUCAACAGAAGGAACACGUAGCUCAAACUGUAAUGCUUCAUGUCUUGACUGGGUAGUUUCUUUAUGCUCUGUAAUAAACAACUACUCCCUUAAA